AUGGAAUCGUUUCACACCUCAUCUGCUCCCAGAAGGCCGAUCCGCAUCGGCGGCGCCAGUGGCGGAUUUACGGAUCGGCAACGGAGCAUUCUAUCCUUUGCUAAAGACAACGAUGUCGAUAUUAUCAUCGGGGACUGGAUGAGCGAGAUGACGAUGCAGUGGCAUGGUGCGGAAAAAGCUGAUCGGGCCAAGUCGAACGACACAGAUGGCGAUCAUGCUCCAAGCUUUGAUCCGUCUUUCAUGGGCACGUUGGCUCCCGCCCUCCCGUACCUACAGCAGCGCCGUAUCAAAGUCGCGGUGAAUGCGGGUGCAAGUGAGCCCGACAAGCUAGCAGAAUUGGUCAUCGCUGCCAUCAAGGAGCAGGAUCUGGAUCUCAAAGUCGCCUGGGUCCAGGGGGAUGAGGUAAUGGAUGUUGUUCAGCGGCUGAUGAAGCAAGGCGAGAAGUUCGAGAACAUCUGCUUCGGUGGAAAUCUGGAAGACUGGGCAUUCGAACCGAUCGCUGCACAAUGUUACCUCGGCGGCGCUGGGGUUGCGGAUGCCCUUCGAGCGGGAGCGGAUAUUGUGAUCUGUGGGAGGGUCUCGGACCCAGCGCCAGCAGUCGGGGCGGCGAUGUGGUGGCACGGCUGGGACCGCAACAAGGAUUUUGAUGAACUGGCCGGCUCUCUCGUCGCGGGCCAUCUGAUCGAGUAUCUUUUCGACGGGUGUGAAAAUAUCGGCUUCCCGAUCGCUGCAAUCAACCACGAUGGAACCUUCACAUUGGAGAAAGAGCCGGGCACCGGCGGAGAAAUAUCCGUUGGGACGGCAACAUCUCAGUUGUUGUAUGAGAUCCAGGGCCCUCGUUAUUAUGGCUCCGAUGUCGUGGCACUUCUCGAAGGUAUCGAGAUGCGGCAGCUUGCCAAGGACGAGGUCCUCGUGACGGGGGUAAAGGGAAGUCGGCCGCCGACAACGACGAAGGUUGGUAUCACGGCCAGGGGGGGAUACCAGGCUGAGUUUCACUACUACAUGUGCGGCCUGGAUCUCAAGGAGAAAGCUGUGUGGACCGAGCGACAGAUACGGCACAGCAUGGGCAAGAAUGUGUCCAAAUUCUCAUGCCUUAAGUUCAGUCUCAAUGGGUGGUGUCAGGAGAAUCCAAUGAAUCAAGCAGUGGCAACUGCUGACUUCCGCAUCUUGGCUCAAACGAAGGACAAGGAGUUACUUGGGACUGGGUCAAUGGUCGGAUUUCAGAGAUGGUGCUUGGAGAAUUUCUUACAGAGUGCACCCGGAGCGAGCAUCGAAAAUGACCUGCGACAGUGUACUGGAAAAGAAUUUUUCGAAUAUUGGGUCGCUCUGAUCCCCCAGUCAGAGAUUACCCACAUGGUGAAUCUGUCCUGGUCGGGUCACUCAAUCCCAGUGCCUCCUGCAACAAAUCUCCAGGAUUAUGGCGGGACAUAUGCAACAAGGCAGUGGAGCUACGAGACCAAGGAACCGGUCGAUAUGACUUCGUUCGGACCAACGACCAGCGGACCCCUGGGGUGGAUUGCCCUGGGGCGCUCAGGGGACAAAGCUUCGGAUGCGAAUACGGGAUUCUUCGCGCGAAACGACGACGAAUGGCACUGGCUGCGCUCAUUGCUCACGGUAGCUAAGAUGAAGGAAUUGCUGGGUCCUGAAUAUAACGGGCAGCCUAUCGACCGAUUUGAGAUGCCAGCAAUUCGCGCGGUGCACUUCCUGCUCCACGAUCAUCUUGACCGGGGCUGGAGUGCUACUAGCACCUAUGAUGGCCUGGGGAAGAACGUUUGUGAGUACAUCAGGGCGAAACAUGUCGAAAUUCCGAACAUCUUCAUAGAGAAAGGCAAAGUGUAA